GCCAAACCAAUUUUAAUUAUUUUAAAUAUAUUAUAACAGAUAUUUUAUAUUAUUUUAUUUAUUUAAUAAUUAUGUAUUUUUAAUAAUCAGAAUAAGUUGUUAGGAAUUAUUAGAAAGGACGAACGAAAAUUUUAUAUAAUAAUAUUUAUAUAAUAAUAUAUAGAUUUGUGAAAUGCCAUGUUUUCUUUAAAAUAAAGUCUUGGCAUCCAGGGCAAGAUGUUCUAAAUUUGCCUGGCAGUGAAUGUCCUAAUUCUUCGAAAUAAUUCACAUAUCAACCACGUAGUAGCGUUUCAAUAAAUAUUCAUUAAAUAAUUAUUAAAUAAUAGUUAAAUAAUUAAUUUGAAGCAUUCUAGUAUGAUCAAAGUUUGAGUUUAAAAUUUGGAACUUGUAUUCCAAGUCUUCACUUGAUGCCAAAAGCCUAUAUAAGAACAUUAUAGAUUGUGGAUGUUUAUGUAAUUCCGUAUUUUAAUAAACAGAAUUAAUGAAAUUUGUUUUAUCUCUUAAAUAUUGAAUAUUUCAUAUAUUUUGUCUUAUAUUUAUUGUACAAUUUUACACUCUUACAUUUUCCAUAAACAUCCACAGUUUUUCCAAGGAUAGUAAAGGCGGGUACUCACCCGCUGGAACAGUUAACAAAUUUUUUUUGUGACGGUUUUGUAACCGCUACUCGAUCUUUUCAUGAAAUAAUUACUUCUUAUAACAAAUUGACAAAUAGCCCAACAACAACAAUUAACAACAUUUAAAUACAGUGGUGUCAUAGGAGAUGUGGAGACAUAGGUAGUUAUAUAGAUUGCAUAAUUGUGAAUUAAGGGUAGGAUGCAAAUCAAGCAGUGCGAAAAAGACAAUACAACUAGUGUAUACGACCAUAGUGUAUGCAAACAUAAUAUAUAUAAUUAUGGUGAAAGAUAUAUCUGCAUGUGUCAAAUCAUUGAUAUGACUGGAGAUGCACCUUAAGAGUGUCAGCUAACAUCUAAACAUUCUAAACAUAUUACCUUCUAAUAACUUUUAUUUCUUUAUUUUCCUAGUAUCUACAGAUUUGAAUAAUUUAAAUAAUCAUAAUGGUUCGGUUUCAAAGUAUGACACCACAAGAGUAUAAAGAAAAGCAUGAAAAUUUUAAGAUAAUCCAUGGUUUUCAUACUACACCUUUUGGGGAUUGCUUAAUUGGCAUUACUAACACUAACAAGGCAAUUAUGCAUUUGGCUUUUGUUGAUAAAAAUAAUGAAGAAGCUUUGAAUGAAUUAAAGAACGAUUGGCCUCUUUCAAAAUUGGUCGAAGAUACCUCGAACGAAACAAACAAAAUUAUAGAAAAAAUCUUUUCCCGAUGUGUAACUGUGGAUGAUUCUAUUUCUGUUCUCAUGAAGGGUACACAGUUCCAAAUAAAAGUUUGGGAAGCCUUGAUGCUUAUUCCACAUGGUACAACUGUUACUUACGAACAAGUUGCGUGUAAUAUAGAUAACCCAAAAGCUGUACGAGCUGUUGGAAAUGCGGUCAUGAAAAAUAAUAUUGGUUAUUUGGUGCCAUGCCAUCGCGUAGUAGGUAAAUCUGGCAGUAACAAAUAUAAAUGGGGAACGAAGCGUAAAGAAAAUAUUCUCUUGUAUGAGCAUGAUCAUGUAAACACUUAAGUUUAUUUUUUAUAUGUUUACAUACUUCUAUCAUUUUUUUAUUAAUUUAUAGUUUAAU